AUGGUCAAUUGUCCUAUUUGUGGCAAGUCGGUAAAACAAGUCAACAUCAACAAUCACAUCGACUCGAAUUGUAUCGAAGAUGUCGAACAGGAAACCAAUCCCACUUCUGUCUCCCACUUCUUCAAAACACCCGUCGCAAAGCGCGACUCCUCCUCUUUCUUCUCGUCUUCCCAACCCGUCCCGUCUCCGAGUGAUUCUCGACCAACCUCGGUGAAACGAACAUUCGAUGUCGCCUCAACGCAACAACUCGACGGUCAUGCGCAAGUCAAAAGCGAAGAUACGACACAGAAUGGCCUUGAGCAUCAAAUGAGUAAAAAGACAAAGACCAAUGCAUUUGAGAAAGCUGCUCCGCUCGCUGAGCGGAUGCGGCCCAAGACCCUUGACGAUGUCUGUGGUCAGGACCUUGUCGGUCCGACGGGAGUUUUGCGCGGGUUGAUUGAACAAGAUCGCGUUCCGAGCAUGAUUCUUUGGGGGGGCACGGGAACGGGCAAAACGACCAUCGCCCGAGCCGUCGCAAGCAUGGUUGGGAGCAGAUUCGUCGAGAUCAAUAGCACAAGUUCGGGCGUGGCCGAGUGUAAAAAGAUAUUCGCCGAGGCAAAGAGCGAGUUGGGUCUGACUGGUCGCAAGACCAUCAUCUUCUGCGACGAGAUCCAUCGGUUCUCGAAGAGUCAGCAGGAUGUCUUUCUCGGCCCUGUCGAGGCAGGCCAUGUCACGCUGAUCGGUGCCACGACCGAGAAUCCCUCGUUCAAAGUCCAGAAUGCGCUUCUCUCGCGCUGUCGGACGUUCACGUUGCAGAAACUCUCCGAUGCGAACAUAUGUGACAUCCUCAAUCGCGCACUCGAGGCCGAAUGGCAUACUUACAGCCCUUCAGCUCUCGUCGAUGAGGAGCUGAUCAAGUAUCUGGCAGCCUUCGCGGAUGGCGACGCUCGCACGGCGCUGAACCUCCUCGAACUUGCCAUGCAACUAUCCCGGCGCCCUAACAUGGACGUGGACACGCUGAAACAAUCCCUUACAAAAACCCUAGUCUACGACCGCGCAGGUGACCAGCACUAUGACACGAUCUCGGCAUUCCACAAAUCCGUACGCGGCUCGGAUCCGGACGCGGCCCUGUACUAUCUGGCCCGCAUGCUUCAAUCCGGCGAGGAUCCCUUGUAUAUUGCACGGCGCAUGAUCGUCAUCGCCUCCGAGGAUGUCGGGUUGGCAGACAACUCGCUUUUGCCGCUUGUGACGGCCGCAUACACCGCCGCCGAGAAAGUCGGCAUGCCCGAAGCCAGAAUCAAUCUCGCACAUGCGACCGUGGCAUUAUGUCUCGCACCCAAGUCGACCAAGGCGUACAGGGGACUCGCGAACGCGAUGCACGCGCUCUCAGAACCGGGCGUCGCGGGUCUGCCAAUCCCGAUCCAUCUACGCAAUGCGCCGACAAGGUUGAUGAAGGAGUUAGGAUAUGGCCAAGAGUACAAAUAUAAUCCGGACUAUGUGGAUGGACGGGUCAAACAGGAGUAUCUCCCGGAGGCACUGAGGGGGAGGAGGUUCUUGGAAGAUCGCGAUUUAGGCGACAGAGUCGAUGAGGAUUUGAUCCAAGAGGAAAUCGGAACGAAGCAGGAUGAUGUUGAGUUGGUUGAUGUCGAACUGAAGCAAGAAGAACCCGGUGGAAAUGGUGAUGCCUGGAAUUGA